AUGCCUGUGGAAGGACGUGAUGCUGAGAGUGAUUGCGAUGAGUCUGCAGAGGAUGAUUAUUAUGAUGAUGGCAGGAUCGAUCUCGCUAUUGCCGCUGCGCGGGCUUAUAUCUUCCAUGCAGGGGUUACGAUCUACGGUUACCCCUACCUCCAGGAAAACGGUUAUCUCCCGCGAGUGAACGAGAAUUGGGGCAAGCCUGGCCCUCUCAGGAAGCGGAUCACUGAACUGGGGCCGCGAGCGACACCAGAAUACCAGACUAUCGCCACGGAGUUAUGCUAUGACGACAAGAUUUUCUUUAUCGCCUUCAUCCACCGUGCCCCACACCCCGUCUCUAGAAAUAGCCCCACGGUCCCCCGAUGCCUCACCAUUCGAUUUCGGUGA